CGCGGGCAUGGGAGGCGCUGCCUGGCUCUGGGCGCUGCGCGCCGCCCGCCUCCUGCCCGGCGGCGGGAGGGUCUCGGCUCCGGCGGCGCGGCGGGGCCGCCUGGGCUGCACGCCCGCCGCUUGCGCCGCUCCGUCCGCCGGCUCCGCGUCCUCAAGCUCUGGGGAUGAGGCUCUGAGGGACAGACGUGCGCGGAUCCUGUCGCGAGGGCUGCCGAAGCAGAAGCCCAUAGAAGGGGUUAAGCAGGUGGUGGUUGUGGCUUCUGGAAAAGGGGGAGUUGGAAAAUCAACAACAGCAGUAAAUAUAGCCCUCGCCCUAGCAGCAAAUGAUUCGGCGAAAGAAGUUGGUUUGCUUGAUGCAGACAUAUACGGACCUUCAAUUCCAAAGAUGAUGAACUUAAAAGGAAACCCAGAAUUAACACCAAAAAAUCUAAUGAGGCCCCUUAAGAACUAUGGAAUCGCAUGCAUGUCUAUGGGUUUCUUGAUAGAAGAGACUGCCCCAGUUGUGUGGAGAGGGCUCAUGGUAAUGUCAGCUGUUGAAAAAUUGUUGAGACAGGUUGACUGGGGUCAACUGGACUAUUUAGUGAUUGACAUGCCACCUGGGACUGGAGAUGUACAGCUGUCAGUAUCACAGAAUAUUCCAAUUGCAGGAGCUGUGAUUGUCUCCACUCCACAAGAUGUGGCUUUAUUGGAUGCACACAAAGGAGCUGAAAUGUUCAGAAAAGUCCAUGUACCUGUUUUAGGACUAGUUCAAAAUAUGAGUGUUUUCCAGUGUCCCAAAUGUAAGCAUGAGACACAUAUUUUUGGAACUGAUGGCGUAAAAGAUCUGGCAAAAACUCUUGGAUUGGAUAUUUUGGGAGACGUUCCACUGCACAUCAAUAUACGGGAGACGUGUGAUUCAGGACAGCCUGUUGUGAUCUCUCAGCCUCAAAGUGAUGCUGCUAAAGCCUAUCAUAAGAUAGCUAUGGAAAUAUUAAGAAGACUACCAGUACCUCCUGCUUGAAGAAUUUGCCACUGAAAUUUAGCAAAAAAGUGAUCUUUGAUGCUGCAGUGCAGAAGAGUCCUGUUACCUAAAUACAUGGAGGCCCUAUGUUAGUUCUGAGAACUUCUUUAGGAAUUAAUUUACCAGAGGUUAAAUUAUGAUUGUGAUAAUUACUGUUUUUCACAUUGUUGUUUGGCCAUGUCCAAAAGGAUUUAAGUAUGCAAAUGAUGAUAGACAGUAUUAACUGCUCAAUUGUAACAUCAUCAAGCAAGAAGGGAAGAAGUCUAUUUUUUCCAUGUGCCCUAUUUUAAAGUCAAGAAUUAAAAACAGCCUCUCGUGCAAGGAGAACGAUGGUAUGCCAAGACAUAAAUUUAUUUUUUUAAGCAGGAUUUUGAAUACUCUAAUUUCCUUAAGUUUUUGUUCAGAUUUUUACAUGGUUGGCUAUCAAACUGACCUUAAGUUCUGCAAGAUUUUAAGAAGCAAAAUCAGUUCUGUAACUGCUGUACUUUUCUGUGUUCAUCUUGAAAGAAGAUUAAAAAAAUCCACGUAUACUCUGAAGAGUUCUUGUGAUGGAUGAUGAACAAAUUCAUUCAUUAUUGGAUAAAGUUCGAUUGUGAGGCAAUUCAAAUUCAGUGGAGAAUGGAUUACGUGACCCUGAGGCUUAUUUCUCUACUGUUUUACAUUAUAAUGAACCCAGACAGAAGACAAAGUGGCAGAGGUCUUCACUGAAAACCAGAUGUUUAUCCUGAGCUCAGUUUGCCACUUUGCCACAGAAUGCAAAUGAUCAAGAUAAAUUAAAUUUAUGAUUGCAUAUUCCUACUACAGUGCAGCAACUUGGAUUUUGAAUAUAAAGAUGUAUUUUUGAAGUAAAGAAAUAUUUGGUCUUCAAACUG